GCCAAGGCAUUUAAGCGUUGCCUUAAAGUUAAAAAAUUAUCAAGUCCAUGGCACCCUGGAUUCCACACCUCGUUGUACGGUCACUUGAUCAGUUUUUGUUGUUGAUCAUCAUUCUACUGUUUCUUCUUUGUUCUUCUAGUACUUGUUUUGCAAUAAGUGGAGAGGCUGAGGCCCUUGUGAAAUGGAAGGACAGCUUUGAUAUGAAUCCAACUACACAUUCUCUUCUCCGCUCUUGGAAUCUCAAUUCUACUGAUUCAACUUCCCAUCAUCUCUAUAAUAAUACCCCCUGUACUUGGGUUGGGAUCACUUGUAACGACUUUGGAAGUAUCAUCAACAUUACUCUCGAAAGCAGUAAUCUGAAAGGUACGCUUCACAACUUCAACUUCUCAUCCUUUCCCAGCUUACUCACUCUUGACUUUUAUAACAACUCCCUCUAUGGAAGUAUCCCAUCUCACAUUGGCAACCUUUCUUCACUCACCUACCUUGCCCUCGAUUCCAAUAAUCUCUCCGGAAACAUCCCAUCCCAGCUAUGCCUUUUAACAAAUUUACGUUUCCUUUGGUUGGAAAGUAAUUAUUUGCAUGGCUUUAUACCAACUCAAAUAGGCAUGUUGGUGUCUGUUGAGUUAUUUUCUGCUCAUAGUAACAGUCUCUCAGGUUCAAUUCCUGUGUCCGUUAAAAACUUGAGCAAGUUAACUGAUUUGGAACUUAGUGGAAACAAAAUAGUUGGGUCCAUCCCCAGUGAGAUUGGACAGCUCAAAUCACUCACUACCCUUUAUUUGUAUGAUAACCAACUCACUGGCUCAAUUCCUGUGUCCAUUGGAAACCUGAGAAAGUUAACUGAUUUGGAACUUGGUGGAAACAAAAUAGUUGGGUCCAUCCCCAGUGAGAUUGGACAGCUCAAAUCCCUCACUACCCUUUAUUUGUAUGAUAACCAACUCACUGGCUCAAUUCCUGUGUCCAUUGGGAACCUGAGCAAGUUAACUGAUUUGGAACUUGGUGGAAACAAAAUAGUUGGGUCCAUCCCCAGUGAGAUUGGACAGCUCAAAUCCCUCACUACCCUUUAUUUGUAUGAUAACCAACUCACUGGCUCAAUUCCUGUGUCCAUUGGAAACCUGAGCAAGUUAACUGAUUUGGAACUUGGUGGAAACAAAAUAGUUGGGUCCAUCCCCAGUGAGAUUGGACAGCUCAAAUCACUCACUACUCUUUAUUUGUAUGAUAGCCAACUCACUGGCUCAAUUCCUGUGUCCAUUGGAAACCUGAGCAAGUUAACUGAUUUGGGACUUACUGGAAACAAAUUAGUUGGGUCCAUCCCCAGUGAGAUUGGACAGCUCAAAUCACUCACUACCCUUUAUUUGUAUUAUAACCAACUCACUGGCUCAAUUCCUGUGUCCAUUGGAAACCUGAGCAAGUUAACUGAUUUGGAACUUACUGGAAACAAAAUAGUUGGGUCCAUUCCAAAUAAUAUUUGUCUUGGUGGGAAGCUUACAUGGUUUAUAGCAAGUUAUAACAACUUUAGAGGUUCCAUUCAAAAAAGCAUAAGAAACUGCAGCUCUUUAGUCCGCCUUUCAGUUGAAGGGAAUCAACUAACAGGAAAUAUAUAUGAAGAAUUCGGAAUAUACCCAAACCUGGAUUAUAUGGACUUGAGCACCAAUAAGUUUUUUGGAGAACUUUCCGAAAACUGGGGACAGUGUCCAAAACUCACAAUGUUGAACAUAUCUAAUAAUAAAAUUUCUGGUAGGCUAUCUCCUGAACUUGGGAAGGCUACUCAAUUGCAGAAACUUGACCUCUCUUCCAACCUUCUUGUAGGUAAAAUUCCUAAGGAAUUGGGACAGUUGAAAUUGUUGUACAUUCUCAAGCUCAACAAUAAUUCCCUUUCUAGCAAUGUUCCUGCAGAAAUUGGAAUGAUAUCGAACCUUGAAGCACUUGACCUUGCAGCCAACCAGUUGAGUGAACCAAUUCCUAUGCAUUUGAAACACUGUUCAAAACUACUCCAUUUAAACUUGAGGAAUAACAAAUUCAGUGGAAUUAUUCCCUUCCAAAUUGGGAAUCUGCACUCCCUCGAAAAUCUUGAUCUAAGUAACAAUUUGCUUUCAGGAGAGUUGCCUUUCGAGCUUGGUCAUUUGGAUAAGCUAGAAACAUUUAACCUCUCACACAACAAUCUGUCGGGCUCAAUACCAUCAACGUUUAAAGAAUUGAUAAGCUUGACAUCUGUUGAUAUAUCCUACAAUCAGUUAGAAGGUCCUCUGCCCAACAACAAAGCCUUCCUAGAGGCCCCCCUUGAAGCGUUGGAAGAUAAUAAAGGUUUGUGUGGCAACAACACUAUUAUAAAGAUUUGCCCCAUGCCUAAAGAGAAUAGAAGUAAUUCGAUAAUAUUUGUUGUCACAGUGUCUAUAACUUGUGCUCUUAUUCUGUCAUUUAUCAUUGUUGGAGCAUUGUUUAUUUGCAAAAAGAGAGAGAGGCAUAUGGAUGAGCCAAGACAAACACAAAUGACUUUAACUUUCUUUGAAGCAUGGAGCCAUAAUGGGAAAAAGGUUCAUGAAGAAAUAGUUCAAGCAACAGAGAACUUCAGCUCCAAAUAUUGCAUUGGAGUUGGAGGAUAUGGAAGUGUCUAUAAAACAGUGCUUUCAACGGGUCAAGUUGUUGCCGUGAAAAAAUUGCAUGAGAAUGAAGGAGCAGCUAUUGUGGAAGCUUUUGAAAGUGAGACUAGUGUCUUGACAAGAGCACGCCACAGAAAUAUCAUUAAGCUUUAUGGAUAUUGUUCACAUGCAAGACAAUCAUAUUUGGUGUAUGAGUUCAUGGAAGGAGGGAGCUUAGCGAAGAUAUUAAGCAAUGAAGUUAGGGCAGUAGAGUUCGAGUGGACCAAGAGAAUAAAUGUGGUGAAAGGUUUAGCCAAUGCCAUAUUAUACAUGCAUUAUGAAUGUAGUCCUGCUAUAAUUCAUAGAGACAUAUCAACUAAGAAUGUUCUGUUGGAUGAUGAAUACGAAGCUCACAUUUCUGACUUUGGUGCUGCUACAACUUUGGAUCCUGAGUCAUUGAAUUGGACUCCAUUUGUAGGAACCUUUGGCUACUCAGCCCCAGAGCUUGCUUAUACAAUGGAAGUAAAUGAGAAGAUCGACGUGUAUAGCUUCGGAGUUGUAACAUUAGAAGUGAUCAUGGGAAAGCAUCCGGGAGACCUCAUAUCAUCUUUGUUCUUAGCACCACUACUGGCUGUUGAUGCUCUGAUUAAGGAUGUACUGGAUCAACGUCUCUCACCUCCAAGGGGGCGAAUAGCACACCAAGUGAUCUCCAUUGCAGAGAUAGCAUUUGCGUGCCUGCAACAAAGUCCACAGUUCCGUCCAACUAUGAAGCAAGUAUCUAGAAAGCUGUCAACUCCAUUAGAAUCAUUAUCAGAGCCAUUUUAUAUGAUUACAAUAAAGCAGCUGUUUGAUUCCCCAACAUGGACAUCCUAAACUGCUGGGAUUUCUCCUUGUUUGAUAUUGUCAAAGUUUGUUCAUUUUCUUUCUGUUCAUUUUCUUUCUCGUAUUAGUCUUAGGAUUGUUUUUCUUUUCUUGUGUAAUAAGAUAGCCCGAGCUUGGAUACACCAGGACUUUGUUACGUCUUGUACUUAAUGAGGAAACUGAUUUUGUUGUCUCUAAUGGAUGAAACUGAAACAUG